UUUAAUGUCGAGAGGAGACGGGGUAACGAAUGGCUGGAUUAGCCUUCGCUAGUUAGCGGUGUUAGAACUCAAUAAGGCUUGAAUAAAAAUGUCUCUUUCCACGGCGCGUUCCUUCUUAUCGGAGGCUGGAUAUGGAGAGCAGGAGCUGGACGCUAAUUCAGCCCUAAUGGAGCUGGACAAAGGACUGAGAUCCUGUAAGCUGGGGGAGCAGUGUGAAGCCGUGGUACUUUUCCCCAAACUCUUCCAGAAAUAUCCUUUCCCCAUCCUCAUCAACUCGGCCUUUCUGAAACUAGCCGACAUUUUCAGACUGGGGAAUAACUUCUUGCGGCUGUGUGUGCUGAAAGUGACCCAACAGAGCGAAAAGCACCUGGAGAAGAUUCUGAACGUGGACGAGUUUGUUAAAAGGGUUUUUUCUGUCAUCCAUAGCAACGAUCCUGUCGCCAGAGCCAUCACACUCCGAAUGCUGGGCAGCCUCGCGUCCAUCAUCCCUGAGAGGAAAAAUGCUCAUCACAGCAUCCGCCAGAGCCUGGACUCGCACGACAACGUUGAGGUGGAAGCAGCUAUCUUCGCCGCUGCCAGUUUCUCAUCCCAGUCAAAAGACUUCGCAGCAGGGAUUUGCAACAAGAUUAGUGAGAUGAUUCAAGGUUUGGAUACGCCGGUAGAUCUGAAGCUGAAGCUGAUCCCCAUGCUGCAGUACAUGCACCACGAUGCCACUCUGGCCUCCAGGAGCCGGGAACUGCUGCAGGAGCUGGUGUCCUCCUACCCAUCCACCCCUAUGGUCAUCGUUACUCUGCAUACGUUUACCCAACUUGCCACUUCAUCACUCAUUGAAAUUCCAAAACAGAUUCAGUUGCUCCUGCAGUAUCUGAAGGACGACCCCAGAAAAGCAGUAAAAAGACUCGCUGUUCAGGACCUGAAACUGCUGGCCAAGAAAGCUCCUCACAUGUGGACCAAAAAGAACAUUCAGACGUUGUGUGAGUGUGCCCUCAGCACCCCUUAUAACAGUCUGAAACUGGGCAUGGUCUCAGUGCUCUCCACUCUGUCUGGAACCAUCGCCAUCAAACAGUACUUCAGCCCGGCUGCAGGUGAAUCCUCACCGGCUCCUCACCUCACUGACCUGGUUAAGCUGGCGCAGGAGUGCUGUUACCAUAGCAACUUGGCCGUGGCGGCCCACGGGAUCACUGUGCUGGCCAACAUCGCCAUCUCCUGUCCAGAGAAAGAUUUUGUUCAGCUGGAGCAGGACACGGUGUUGGGGAUGGAGUCGUUAUUACUGCUGUGCAGUCAGGAUUCCAGCGCUUCUGCACAGGCCACACUCAAAACAGCCCUGGCGUCUCUGGUGCGGAUGCUGAAGGGUCGUCCUCACCUCAGCCAAUCAUGUGUGGAGUUUUUGUUGGCUCAGCUGCACUACGCAUGCGACGCUGCACGGAUCCUGAUCUGUCAUGCUUUGGCAGCCAUUGCCACACAGCUGCCUGUUCUGGGCGAGAGCAUGCUGGGAGAUCUGGUGGAGCUGUACAGGAGCGCCGGCAACACCAGCUCAGAAAAGCAGCAGGAGCUACUGGUUUCCUUGGCGACGGUGGUGUUUGUGGCCAGUCAGUCGUCUCUCGGUGCGGAGGUGAAGACUGUGAUCCGACAGCAGCUGGAGGCCUCAGCGAAUGGCUGGACUGUUUAUCGCAUCGCCCGGCAGGCCUCACGCAUGGGCUGCCAUGAGCUGUCCAGUGAGCUUUACCAGAGCCUCAGGACUCGUGUGGCCUCCGAGCAUUUCUACUUCUGGUUGAACAGCCUGAUGGAGUUCUCUCAGGCUGAGCGCUGCCUGAGCGGGCUGGAGGACGGAGACUACAGCGGGGCCAUGGGGGCCAUCACUGAGGCACUGAAGUCCUACCAGAAAGGAUUCGCUUCACUCACGGCUGCCAGCACCCCUCUGAGUCCGCUGGCGUUUCAGUGUGAGUUUAUAAAGCUGCGGAUGGACACACUGCAGGCUUUAGCACAGCUCAUCUGUACCUGCAACAGCCUGAAGACCAGCCCACCCCCGGCCAUCGCCACCAGCAUCGCUCUGACCUCUGGAAACGAGCUGCAGCGCUGUGGCAGAAUCUCACUGCAGAUGAAAUUGUCCAUGGAUGAGUUUCGGAGUCUUGCUGGCCGCUACGCUGACCUGUACCAGUCGUCCUUUGACGCAGACUCCGCCACGCUCCGCAACGUUGAGCUGCAACAACAGAGCUGCCUGCUGAUCUCUUAUGUGAUUGAAGCUUUAAUACUUGAACCUCAAACAGCCAGUUUCCAGGAUUUUGGCACGUUGGGUUCAGUUCAGGCGGAGAGCAAGUAUGAGCGCAGGAUGAUGGGCGUGUUUAACCUCGUUCUGGAAGAAGUGGAGUCCCUGAGCAGGAAACACCCUCCCGUCUCCUACCUGCACACUGGCUGUCUGUGUGAUGCGGUCAUCGCCCUGCUCAAAGUUCCACUGUCCUUCCAGAGGUAUUUCUUCCUAAAGCUGCAGUCAACCAGCAUCAAGCUUGCUCUCUCUCCUUCUCCUCGCACUCCCAACGAACCGAUCCCAGUGCAGAACAACCAGCAUCUCACGCUGAAGGUGGAGGGCGUGGUCCAGCAUGGCUCCACCCCGGGACUCUUCCGGAAGAUCCAGUCCGUCUGUCUCAAUGUGAGCUCCACUCUUCAGGCUAAAUCCGGACCAGACUUUAAGAUUCCUCUUGAUACUAAGACUAAUGAGAUCGAGCAGCGGGUGGAGCCUCACAACGACUAUUUCAGCACCCAGUUCCUGCUCAACUUCUCCAUCCUGGGCAGCCACAAUGUUACCGUGGAAGCCUCGGUGGUGGACGACAGCGGGGUGGAGUGGAAGACGGGGCCGAAGAGCGUGGUCACUGUCAAGUCUUUGGAGGACCCUUAUUCUCAGCAGCUUCGCCACCAGCUACAGCAGCAGCAGGCCGGAGCACAGGCAGCGCUGCGGAACGUCUCCAACCGCUUCCAGUGACUUCACAUCAAACCCCCCUCCCCAUCAGCUCUGUUUGUGGCUGGGUCGAAACGUACACAGUACUCUGCAAAUGUUUGGGUGCCCCUGCUGAAGUUAAUGUUUUUUGCCGAAGUGCAAAUAAGUGAACAUAUUCUCUACAGAGAACACACUUCUGCAAAUUUUAAUGAAAAUUAGACUUUAUUUGCUUAAUUUAACACAAAACAUGAAAUGUGGUCUGUGUAAAAGUCAUGUUCAGCCAAAAAAAUGAAAUUGUGUGAUUUAAAUUAGCAGAGAAAUCAUAUAUUUAAGAGUGCUCUCUGUAGAGGAUGCGUAAGGGGGGGGGGUGUUUAUAGAGAACUGUGAGUCAUUCAGUGUCAGAAACCACAUAAUCAAGUCUGUCUGAGAUGCUGAGCAGCUCCACGUGGCUCCAGGCAGCUUUGUGAUGAUUUAAACAUGCAAUUAGCACCGCGCUAAUUGGUGGGGUAUUAGAUUCCAUUACUUGUUAGCUACAUUAGUCUCGUAGCUCCAGUGCUAAAACUUAAAGAUGUCACACUCUGCGUUCCCCAUCUGUGUGCUUGAGUCGGGAUGAGGAGCCGAGUUACUGUAAACCUUGCUGUAAUAACACCCUCUUUCCAGGCUCUGCCCACAAAUGCGUUGAUUUGUAGCCGCUGUUGGACGUUUCGCGAUGCAGAGAACCGUUUAACCGUGCAUAGGGUUCUUUUGAGCGUUCAUGAUUCUGUAUAUAAAAGCGUUUUCUGUACUAAGGAACCCUGGAAGAACCAUCCUUUUAAGUAGGUAGUCAUAGGUGUUGGUAUCUCUAUAAAGACUCAUCCAGCUCAGUGUUGUGUAUGAACCUGAAUCCCUUAGUUGGAAUGAGAUUGUUUGUUUUUCCCCCAGCAUGGCAACAGUUGCUAUAAAGGAAUGCAUUUGUGGGCGGAGCCUGGGUAGAUCAAUAGGAGCAGUAGAAGAUGCCAAGGUAGGUUUUUUGCUGGUAACAUGCGGCUGCGUCCAAAACCAUAAACUUCAGUGCUCUACACUCUUGAAAUGAUGGUUCUUCAAGAAAAAUGAAAAUGGUUUGAUAUAGAGCUGUGAACCCUCAAGUGACCCUUUGUGUCAUGAAAGGGUUCUUCAGACUGAUGGAGGGUGUAACAAGCUGUUACGUGUUCUGCACAUGUUCUGACUUCCAGCCCCAGUGUUUGAACAGAGCUGUUCAAACCCAUAAGCAGAUCUGUCAGUUGAGGCUGCUCUAUUGUGAAACUGCAUUUCUCUGUAAUCCAGAUGUUGCACAAUUUCCUUUGUAAAGCUGAAGUGCUGCAGAUCGGGCUGGACUUGCUGUUUGUAGCUGUAAACAUGACUUAGAAUUUGUGGCUAAACAGAUAAGAAGUGUUCAGUUGACAUGCUGCACAUGGAGUCGGAGUUUAGUUUGAUUUAGUUUUUUACCUGUAAUAUAAAAAUGUGACUGAAUUUCAAUUAAAAAAAGGAACGACUCUG